AUGAUACCUGUCAAAGUUUAUAAAGGGUUCCUCUACUACAAAACCAGCAAAUACUCACUUCACUACCUCGAAACUCCUUCUGGUCUUAAAUUUGUCCUGAACACCGACACCGCUUCGCAGAACGUUCGAGAGCUUCUUCAGCAGCUCUACCGGCAAGUCUACGUCGAGUACGUCGUAAAGAACCCCUUCUGCAAAUUAAACGAGCCAAUACAGAGUGAAUUGUUCAAAAGCAAAGUCGACGAGCUGAUGAAAAAAUCUCCUAUAUUUUUAAAUCCGAUGACAGUGACCGGAGCAGAGUUUGUAACAGAGUUCCCGGUUGGAAUCGAUGUUGGCGAUGUUGGCGUAGUUGAACUAGAGGCCGGGCUUGGCUCCUCAAUAACUGGCAAACGUUUAUUAGAUUCACUUACGGCUGAGGAGGUCUGGUUGUGGAAGAAAAUGCUCCGCAGUGCUGCUACGUUUGUUUUGUCACGGACUUCUAAUUCUAAUGAUUCUGGCUCAACAGACCCGGCGAGAGCUCGGGUAGAAGCAGCGCCAUCAUCGGCGGCAAUAGAAGCAUUGACGGAUUUUUCUGACAAGCUUGUAGCAGCUGAAGCGGUCUCGCUGCACAGGCUGAAUCUCUGGGUCGAGGUCACGUCAGCCUGGACCUCUAAUCUUUGA